AUGAGAGUUUUAGAGGCAACAUUAUACGAAGUAANAUUCCCGGGCCCAGGGAACCCGGCUUCGGGCCGUGGGCCUCGCUUGCCGAGAAUCAGCAUUCCGAACUUCUCCGGGAGACGAGAAGACUGGGAGAGCUUCCGUGAUCUCUUCCGAGCGCUGAUCCACGAGGACUGCCAACUCACCAACGUCGAGCGCCUGUUCUAUUUGAAGUCGCUCGCUCAGGGAGACGCUAAGACGGCCCUCGAUACGGUCCAGGUAGCCGAGGCCAAUUACUCUACGGCAUGGGCUCUGCUUGAAGCGCACUACGAGCACAGCCGCCUUCUCGUCCAUGACCAUGUCACAGCCCUGCGGAACAUCAAGCCACCCAGAGACGAGUCCGCCCGCGGGUUGCAGAGCCUCUUGGACACCCUGGAAAAACAUCGCGACCAGCUUCGCGCCUUAGGUCGUCCCGUAGCCGGCUGGGACGAUUGGUUUGUCUCGUGUGGAAUGACUGGCAUGGAUCCAGCGACGAGGCGUGCAUGGGAGGAGGAGCUCCAACGGUUGGAGAGUACCGUUUCCGGCUCCGAGGUUGACGUCGCCACAUUCACCACCUUGACCGACUUUCUUCGGCGCCGUUGCCGCGCCGCCAGCUCUGUCGAAGCCUCGCAGCCCGCACGUCCCUUCAGCAGAAUAGCCUCACGCUCGAACUCCUCGACAUCAGGACGCAAUUACCACGCCCUUGCCACGAGCAACGAUACGCCGUCGUGCCCGGCGUGCCACAAGGGCCAUUAUCCCGGGCGUUGUGCGCAGUUCCAGGGGCUUGAUGUACGCGCACGGAGGAAGCUCGUCUACCAGGCACGGCUGUGCUUCAAUUGCCUCUGA